UUCCGUGCGCUUUACAAUGCAAAGGACCACGGAGUUUCUGAGAUCGAUCUAUUGUAUCUUACUCAUGUAGUGGCUGACUGAUGUGUGCGAAGGCUGCGACGGAGCGACGAUCGGUUUACAGCCGGUUUACGUGAGGGACCCCGAAACCGCCGUUCGGAAGAUGAGGAUCUGUGUAACGGUCCACCAUGGAUUGCUCGUGCUUUUGCUCAUCUUCACUUUGGGCGUGCGUGGCAGCCCUGAUGCCAAGCGGCUGUACGAUGACCUCAUAUCCCGCUACAACAAGCUCGUCCGUCCUGUAGUGAACGACACCGACGCUCUUACUGUCAGGAUUAAGCUCAAGCUGUCGCAGCUCAUCGAAGUGAACCUAAAGAAUCAAAUCAUGACCACGAACCUUUGGGUCGAGCAAUACUGGUACGACUACAAGCUCACCUGGGAUCCCCGUGAGUACGGCGGCGUCGACAUGCUGCAUGUUCCGUCCGACCACAUCUGGAGACCUGAUAUCGUCCUUUACAACAAUGCGGAUGGCAACUUUGAAGUGACUCUUUCGACCAAGGCGCAAUUGUCCUACGAGGGUCGGAUCCAGUGGAAGCCUCCAGCUAUUUACAAGAGCUCUUGCGAAAUCGACGUGGAAUACUUCCCUUUUGAUGAGCAGACCUGCCUUAUGAAAUUCGGCUCCUGGACUUACGACGGCUUCAAGGUGGACCUUCGCCACAUGGACGAGGUGGCCAAUCAGAGCCUCGUUGAGAUUGGGAUCGACCUCACGGAGUUCUACCUCAGUGUCGAGUGGGAUAUCUUACAAGUGCCAGCCGUGCGACACGAAAAAUAUUACACCUGCUGUGAGCAGCCCUACAUCGACAUCACCUUCAACAUCAGCAUGCGCCGCAAGACACUCUUCUACACCGUCAACCUCAUCAUCCCAUGCAUGGGCAUUUCCUUCUUGACGGUCCUGGUCUUCUACCUGCCAUCUGACAGCGGAGAGAAAGUUGCGUUGAGCAUAUCCAUCCUCUUGUCUCUCACUGUGUUCUUCUUGCUGCUCGCAGAGAUCAUUCCACCGGCAUCGCUUGUGGUGCCCCUGUUAGGAAAAUACCUUCUAUUUACGAUGAUCCUAGUGACGCUUUCCAUCUGCGUGACUGUGAUCGUUCUCAAUGUGCACUUCCGAACGUCUUCCACGCAUCGUAUGGCCCCUUGGGUGAAACGUGUGUUUCUACGUGCACUGCCGCGGUUGCUGCUCAUGCGGCGACCCGUCGACCAGGGACCACCUCCAAAAGUCUUAGUGCGAACCUGCAACGGGACGGAGUUUCGUGAAGCCUCGUCCGGAGAGAGUGCUACGCCGACGAGGGAACACAGCUUCCAGGCUUCUCCGGUGCAUGAGGAAAGGAUGUACCAUGAUCCGGCCUGCCAGGUUCAUGGAGCAAGGCCGCAUCGAAGACAACCGACAGAUGAUACCAUUCCUCCUUUUCCAACGGGGAGGCCUUCACCUCCGCCGCCUGCUUGUCAUACUGCGAGGAGGUUGCACUUUUGCCCUGAGCUUCAGAAAGCGAUGGAGUCCGUGCAUUUCAUUGCUGAGCAUGCACGUCGCUACGAGGAUGAGCUUGAGGUAAAGGAGGAUUGGAAAUAUGUAGCCAUGGUUCUGGACCGGCUGUUUCUCUAUAUAUUCACGUUGGCCGUCAUCGUAGGCACCUGCGGCAUCAUCCUGCACGCUCCAACACUCUACGACACGCGGGAGCCCAUCGACGUCAGGCUGUCCGAGGUACUCACUGUACUUUACAAGGGAAGACAAGGCGUUGUCUGAUACCGGCUGCGACCUAACGCCUGCAAACGAGCUGCUGUUGCUGCUCAGCGAACAUAUUUUACACUCCAAGUGUUUGCUGUUUGCGGAGAGUUUUGUAGUAUUAUUCGUUACUCGGCGAGGGAAGAAAUAAGGACAAAUUGAAAAUU